AUGUUUAGUCAAGCUGUGACUAACCAGGUUGGGCAACAAAAGGGAGCUCGACAAGGAGAGCCUAACACUUCAAGGAUUCAUGAGUUCUUUAGGAUGAAUCCUCCAAGUUUCAUUGGUUCAAAGACUUCUGAGGAUCCGGAGAACUUUGCUAAUGAAUUGAAAAAGGUGUUUGAUGUGAUGCAUGUUGCGGAUACUGAGAGGAAACAGAAGGGCCCUACUUCAUCAUCUACUAGUGAACCUGCACCUAAGAACAAAGAUGAGUACAAUGGUCAGAAUUUUAGAGCUAAACCUACUUAUUCUCAGGGUAGCGUGACACAAGGGGGUAGUAAGCCUCCUGCAUGCGCCAAGUGCGGUAGGAACCAUUCAGUUGCUCCACUAGACAGAGUUACAACUAGAGGGGCUACUUUCGGUACUGGCGGAGGAACAAACCGCUUAUAUGCUAUCAUAGUCGCCAAGAGAAAGAGGAUUCGCCAGGUGUUGUCACUGGUAUGA